AACCACUCGACAAUAAGAAUUUCUCCCGACGCAACGACACGCCCGAAGACACUCCACUCACGAUCGAACCUCUCUCACUUCGCCGACCCUCACCGCAACUAUGCCCAUCUCCAAGAAAGACCGCAUCCACCGCGAGCACAAAAAGGCCGAAGCAGCCGGCACUCGUAUUCCUGUCAAUCCCAACGGCACACCCGUCAAAGCAGCGAAACCCAAGACCAAUUGCGCCUUUUGCCGGAAAGAUCUCGACGCGACCAACACGAAGAUCCUCGAGCAGCACGCCAGCACACACUCCGAUGCGUGGACGAAGGAAAAGUGCUUCCCUAGCACGGUCUGGGCGUAGAGCAUGCGCAAGGACUUUCGUUUGGACAUAUCACAAGGGCAUCACUGGAGCAUGCCUGGGCAGGAGAAUGCAGCGAAUGAUCUAUGAAACAUUUGGCUUUGGCUCAGGAUCGCUGGUCUGAAGAGAUGUGCUCUCUUGAAGACAGCAGGACGCACGGGACUUGCGGAUACACUGGAAAUCGGGACAGAUUACCGGUGCUGCGUGUGACGACGCAAAGGGCUUAUCAGCACAAGCAC